AUGUGUCAGCUGACUGACAAGGGAAAAGUGAAGAACUCCAUUGACUUCACCUCUACAUUCUCAGGUCUUAACCAGUCGGGGGUGAUUUGGGUGUCAGUGGGGCUGUGUGGCCGCAGCUCUGGUUGUCAUCUUCAGGAGGAGGGCCUCCUUGGUCUUCAUGUUACCGCUGCACCGGAGCAGGUGAACGAGGCCUACGAGCACCUGCAACACAUGCUGGGCCACGCUGGGGAGGCCAUGCAGCUGGACAUGGGCAGUGCCGUGGGCCUGAGGGAUGGCUUCAAGCCCUUGGCCAAGUUCCUGGAGGAUGCCAAGCACUUCUAUGGCAGCGAGGGCUUCACCGUUGACUUCAAGAACCCCGCAGAGGCCGCCACUGAGAUCAACAAGUUCAUCGCCAUUAAGACCCAGGAAAAGAUCACGGACCUGGUGAAGGAUCUGGACCCUGAUACGGCCAUGGUGCUCAUCAACUACGUCUUCUUCAGAGGUAGGAGGACACUGAAGUUGGAUAAGCUAUUCAAUGUCACGCAGACCCACAAGUCUGACUUCCAGGUGGACGAGAACACCAAGGUCAAUGUUAACAUGAUGAAGAGGACGGGUCUUUAUGAGUUGUACCAGGAUAACUUCACCAUCGUGGUCAUGCUGCCUUACAAAGGCAACUCCUCCAUGAUGGUGGUCCUGCCCGACAAGGGCAAGAUGGCGCAUGUGGAGGCCUUCAUUAUUAACAAGGACUACCUGAAGCAUGUGCAUGAGAACCUGUGA